UCAAAAACGUUUACCCUAACCCCCAAUUUCCCUCUUUCUCUGUUUGCACUGCUUCGUUUUGAGCAGAGAGAUGAACCCUUUAACACUGGUGAAGCGCACUCAGAAUAUCAACGCCAGAGAAGCUGCACUCGGAAUUGGCGAACAAGCUUCGUGGCACGCCAAGUACAAAGAUUCCGCUUACGUAUUCGUCGGUGGCAUUCCCUUCGAUCUCACCGAGGGUGACCUGCUCGCCGUUUUUGCUCAAUAUGGGGAGGUUGUUGAUCUUAAUCUCGUUAGAGACAAGGGCACCGGAAAAUCAAAGGGUUUUGCGUUUCUUGCGUAUGAGGAUCAAAGGAGCACAAAUCUUGCUGUGGGUAAUUUAAAUGGGGCUCAGAUUAUGGGUAGAAUUAUUAGGGUGGACCAUGUUGACAAGUACAAGAAGAAAGAGGAAGAAGACGAGGAGACAGAGCGGCAGAAGAGGGAGGCAUGGGGUGUUUGUCGUGCGUUUCAAAGGGGUGAUUGUAUUCGUGGAGCUAGCUGCAAGUUUUCUCAUGAUGAGCAAGAGCAGGUUGUGUUCAAGGGGUUGAGGAUUUUGAAUGUCUUGCAACGGAUACUUAGGUCUAUGGUUAGGAGCUUUACGGUAAAGGGUUUUGGCGUUGAUAUCAAAUGUCUUGUAUAGGAAGCAUGAUAGUUCUCCCGAUCUCAAAGUUAAGAAGGAUGCAUUUGAUUUGGCCAUUAGUUGUUACUUAUCAUAUUGCCAAUCAGAUUUGGAUUGCUUUGGUUUUGGAAGCAUGAAAAUUGACACUGUAAAAUUCUCUCAACAGAAAUAUCAUAUGAUAAUUGACAAACAUUCCUUGGUUCUAGCCUAAAAUAUGUACAAACCCAUGACGAAAAAAUAUGACAGAAGCAUAACAGAACCAGUGUUUAUACAAUUUAGCAAAAUUCAAAUGAUUUAUUUUUAGAAAAAAAAGUGAUGCAU